AUGUCGUCUCCUCGACGAACCAGGCGCCAUGUUGAUGUGCUGGAGGCUAUAUUCUCCAAGCAGAGUCUAUAUCAUGCCCCAACCGUUGUGCCAUUGACCACCACCUCCUACAACGAAGAUAUUGCCGAACGAAACCUUGCCGGCGGCGGCCAGGAACAUGGAAGCUGUCCAAGUCGUUAUUCCCACGUUAUAUCUGCAAUAUACCAAGAAGAUGUAGCAGAUCGAAAUAUGGUACCGUUCAGUCCCCCUAUUCUCAUUUCGCCUCCUCCGGGAGAAGAGCAAGUAGCCGGAAAUAACCAGAAGCGAGCUGUGGCAAGGAGGGUGAAGAAGAGCCAGCGAGAGUCAGAUUCAAGUUUAUGUGAAGAAACAGCUGCUCUUCGAACCAUUGCUUCGGACCAAGAUAUCCGCAGGCAUCCCUCAUGCUCAAGUAACAGGAACGAAUUAUCGAGCGGGAAGAAGUUGAGGGCAGACAUGGACGAAAAUAACCCAUUGAGGUCAAGGAAAUCUGCUCCUAACUUCUCCGUUCACCCCGCCGAAGACGAGGAACAGAACCCCAAUGAAGCCUCUACAGCCAGCAAAAAACUCCCACAAGCACGAAGAACUCAAGAUAUUUCCCAAGCUGAGCAGGGCUGUGAGCAGACAAUUGAACGUCCACUAUCGAAAUCGUCCAAUGACGACCCUAAGACGGCUAGAGAAUCGACGUCUAAGUCCGAGUCACAAGAAAAUUCAUCCAGCCCUGCACAUAGCUCGUCAAACCGCUUGUUGUCACCAAACAGUGCUCGCAGACGAGUCAAGAGAAAUGUGCGGGAUCUGUCUAUCAACACUCAACUGGCCGCUCCCGGAAAGAAGUUUGCAAAGAUAUCUAAAAAGUCCCCUUUGAGACCAGUUCCAGUCUCUCCAUGCCGAGAGCCCAGCUCAACGCUGGAUGAAAUAGUAAACAGUCCGAUAGCCCUUACAAGUCCAAUAAACCCGUCCCCAAGGCUUACUGGCUUCACAGCUUCGGAAAUGUUGAACCUAUUCAAACAAGCAUACGCAUCGUCCCAAACGAAUGCAACGCGCCCCACCUUCGAAUCCCUCCAGGAUGCCAUCAUCCGCGAAAUAAACAGUCAUGAUGCCUUCAGCCACCUUAACCCGCAGAGCCCGAGCCCCGUCUCGCCUGUGCCGUCUCUCACACCAGACCUAAGCACGAACGGAAAACAAACGGAGAAGUAUACGACCCGGCCGAUGACGGCCCUCUCAGCAACACGGAGCAUUUCUUCGAGAGAAGGGAGCGUACGAUCCAAACGAAGCUUCUGUUGUGACCAUCAAUCGAGGCCAGACUCCCAGGGGCGUGAGGUAUCGUUUCCAGCAAUCAAAGAACUGGAUCCGGAAAACAGCAACUCCGUUGCCCUCAAGAGAAGGCAUUCCUGCUCUCAGCCAGCGCCCAGUCCUAGAGUACGGAUUUUUGAACCCAACGAUUGCUUGCAUGGAAGACGGCAACAAGUAUCUGUAGCUACAGGUCAGGUGUCUGAUAUGUACCAAACCAAAGAUCCGAUUGGACACUCGAGCUUGCAUUUCCGUCAGCAGCUUUCGAAUGGUUACAUUUCGAAGGCAGUCUCCAUCUUCGAUACACCGCAGACCAUGAAACCAUCCAUGUCUAUUAAUGGCAGAGAUGGUGUUCACAUGGGCGACAUAUCCCCACCUGUAGUAACUAUUUUCAGCGAUGUUGAGGAGAAGCCAUAUUCUGGUCUCAGGAGAAAACGCUCGACAACCAUGAAGUCCUCGAAACUACAUUUAUUCAUACCCUGUCGCAAAUCCUCACGCCCAAAACACAUCCCCAUUGUCAUUUCCAACACCACAACCAACAACGUUCUCUAUGAUCCCCCUUCUAGCGGCACCAAGAAAAGCCCGAUUAGCCCUCUCUCUACUUCUUCUGGACGAAAACGAAUGCCCUUUCGGAUAAUUGGCAGUUAA